AUGUGGGUUCUGCCGCUCAUCGGCUACGCCGGAGCCAUCAUGGGCUUCUGCUUCCUCACCCUCGCCAUCGCCUCCGGCCUAUACUACCUGUCGGAGCUCGUGGAAGAGCACACGGUCGUCGCCAAGCGUCUGCUGACCCGGCUUGUCUACACCAUCAUCGCCACCCAGCUCGCCCUGUGGCUGUUCGACGGGUUCCCCUUUGGGCCCACGCUCCUCAGCGUCUUCGCCCACGUCGUGUACCUGGGCAACAUGCGACGCUUCCCCUUUGUGAAGCUGUCUGAUCCCCUCUUUCUCCUGUCCUGCGUGCUGGUCCUGGCCGACCACUACGUCUGGUUUCGCCACUUCUCGCACAGCCAGGCCCAGGCGUACCAGCAGCCGCCGUACUAUGGGUCUGCUGCCUCUGUGCCCAGCUUCUCCAUGAUAGCGUCGUACUUUGGCCUUUGCGUCUGGCUCGUCCCGUUUGCCCUGUUUGUGAGCCUGUCCGCCGGCGACAAUGUGCUUCCGACCAUGGGCUCGGAGCCCGUCCGUGGGAUGGACGGCAAGGCCAGGCCUCAGGGUAUGGUGAAGGCUCUGGUUGACCAUGUGCGCGGUGCUAUUGGCGAGAUUGCGGGUUCGGGUGCCGUCGGACGACCGUGA